AUGGCUUUUGCUCUCAUGUCGAGCGCUGUUUUGAGCAGCCUUGCAGGUGUUGUGGUCGCCCAUGUGAAUGUCUUCCAUGCCCGACAAGACGUGCAGACCACAUCAGACCUUUCGUAUUCGGCGUUGUAUUCGUCCUGCACGAACUAUGCGGCCACAUGCCCCCCUAUCGUGAGCUCCUGCGUCGGCAACUUCUGCGCCUCCUGUGCUUCCCUGGGAGGUAGCGCGUUCAUCUCGUGUUGCGAUCAAACCACGGCGGCUGAUUGCUUCUCGUCGCUGUUGCUUGCUACCACGACGACCACCGACGAUACCACUUCUUCAAGAGCCGGGACCGGGUCAAUCACAGGCACAGCAUCCAUGCCCGUCGACUCGUACUCGGCCAGUUGUUUGCAGGUCUUUUCCUUAAUUGAGUCAUGUGCUGCGGCGACUUCUGGCUUCACUUCCUUGGAUGAUGGUGAUCAAGCCAGUUGCCUCUGUUACUCCGGCUCAGCCUAUAACCCAGGCCCAUUCGACCAGCUCCAGAGCGCAUGCAUUACCUACGCGUCCACUGCGGACCCAAGUGGUCUUUCCGUAUAUCAGGCGGCGGCGGGGCUCUGUACUCGGGUCGGGAAUGUGAGGAGCGCAACAGCAACCAUCAGCAUCACAGAGCCGCCAGCCCCAGCCCCUACCACGUCUAUCCCUGUGGCUACUCACACGCUGUCUUCACUUACCUCAAGUACUGCAACAACCUCAAUCCCCGUGGCAAGCGGGGCUUCUUCCAGACAAAAUGUGAGUACUUCUUCCGAGGGAUAUGCAUCUUCUAACCAAAGGUUCAGGUUCCUGCGGGUUGGCUCCUGCUCCAACUAUUUUGGUUGUUCUGAAUCUCUUCCAAGCGUACAGCUGUUGGAGCCUACUCGAAUGAACAGCUCGGUGCCUGAGGCUGGAUGA